AUGGCUACUAAAGAGUUAAAGAGUGAAAUUUCCUAUGCACAAGAAACCACAUUAUCUGCUCCUACAACAGAAGCCAUAACUUCUGUUGGAGUUUGGGAUAAAUUUAAAGAUUCCUUCAAACCAGCCCUUCAAACAGAAACUCUUACCAAUGCACAUGUGAAUAGCGAGAAUGCUGAUUCCCUUAGCGAUCUUGAACGUAUUAAUAUCAACUCAGCAAACUCCAAAUUGAACAGAAAGUUACAAAAUAGACAUUUGCAAAUGAUAAGUAUAGGAUCUUCAAUCGGUACCGGCCUUUUUGUUGGAUCUGGAUCUGCAUUAAAUACAGGUGGUCCUGGUGGUAUUAUGAUUGCAUGGUUUAUUAUGGCAACAGCAGUCUAUACAACCAUUCAAGGAUUAGGUGAACUUUCUACAACAUUUCCAGUGUCCGGGUCCUUUAAUGUUUAUGCAUCUCGUUUCAUAGAACCAAGUGCUGGAUUUGCAGUAGGGUGGAAUUAUUUUAUGCAAUUUUUCGUCUUGCUUCCAUUGGAACUUGUUGCUGGUGCCAUCACUAUCAAAUACUGGAACAAAGAUAUCAAUUCAAAUGUGUUUGUCAUUAUUUUUUGGUUAGUUAUUGUGCUCAUUACUUUGCUUGGAGUUCGAUGGUAUGGAGAAGCCGAGUUUAUUUUUUCUAUGAUCAAAGUUGUUACGGUAGUGGGCUUUAUUAUCUUAUCAAUCGUAUUGAUAUGUGGUGGGGGUCCCUCAAAUGAAUUUGUAGGUGGAAAAUACUGGCAGAAUCCUGGUCCCUUUGCCAACGGGUUCAAGGGAGUCUGCUCGGUAUUUGUUACUGCUGGGUUUUCAUUUGGUGGUACUGAAAUGAUCGGUCUUACUGCUGCUGAAACACCCAACCCUCGAAAGACUCUUCCAAAGGCAAUAAAACAAGUAUUCUGGAGAAUUAGUAUUUUCUAUAUGGGUACCUUGGUUAUGAUUUCCACACUUGUCCCUUAUAACGAUUCUAGAUUGAUGAAUGCUUCAUCAUCUGUUGAUGCUACAGCUUCUCCAUUUGUGAUUGCCAUUGUUAAUGGUGGGGUGAAAGGCUUACCUUCAGUCAUUAAUGCUGUAAUUCUCAUAUCUGUCUUGUCAGUUGGAAAUGCGUCCGUCUAUGCCACUUCUAGAUCUUUGAACUCUUUGGCAGAACAAGGAAUGGCACCUAAAUGGGCUGGAUACAUCGAUAGAGCUGGUAGACCGCUUGUAGCUAUUUUGGCUACCGAUAUCUUUGGAUUGUUGGCAUUGAUCUCCGCAAGUAACAAACAAGAAGAGAUUUUCAACUGGUUAUUGGCAUUGUCUGGGUUAUCUUCCAUAUUUACAUGGAUUUCUAUCAAUGUUUCUCACAUUAGAUUUAGAGCAGCAAUGAGAUCCCAAGGUAGAGAUUUAUCGGAGUUACCAUAUCGUUCACAGGCAGGAAUCUGGGGUUCAUAUUAUGGACUUGCAAUCAAUAUCUUAGUACUCAUAGCUCAAUUUUGGAUUGCCUUAUUCCCAUUAGGUGGAAAGCCAAGUGCAUAUGGGUUCUUCAUCUCAUAUUUGGGAUUCCCAGUGUUAUUAGCAUCUUGGGUAGGAUACAAGAUAUGGAAGAAAAGUCUCAGACUAUGGAUUAAGGCUGAAUUCAUUGAUGUUGAUACCGGCAGAGUUAAUAUCGAUACUGAUUUAAUCAGACAAGAAGCUGUAGAAGAGAAGCAAGCUCUUAGCAGCAGAUCCUUCAUUUAUAGAGUUUAUAAAUUCUGGUGUUGA